GUGCUUGCAGGUUUUUCCUUUGAACGUUGAGACGGUGUUCAGGCUGACUUCACUGUUGUUUCAAUUCUUCUCAUUUUUAACGUGAGAUUAUCUGUUUCUCAUUCUUAAACAUGGCUGAUAGCGAUCUUGAAGAAAUUCGUGCUAGACGACUGGCUGAAUUACAACAGCAAUAUGGGGAGCAGGAUCCAAAUGCCAGGAAGGAACAAGAGGCGGCCCAGAAAAGGAAGGAAGAUAUGAUAAACUCGAUAUUGACUCAAGUGCUGGACCAGAAUGCCAGAGCAAGGCUAAACAGCAUUGCCUUAGUGAAACCAGAGAAAGCCAAGAUGGUGGAGAUGAUGUUGAUACAGAUGGCUCAGACAGGACAACUACCAGGACGGAUUGGAGAGGACCAACUCAAGGGCUUGCUGGAGAAAGUCAGCAUGCAGACACAGAGAAAAACAAAAAUCAAUUUUGACCGGAGACGAGUGAUGGAUUCAGAUGAUGACGACUACUGACGCAGCUUCCAAAGUGUCCUGUUACGGUCAACAGGUUAUCCCUCAACUUGACCUUUAAAUUUACACCUUUGCAUUGUCAAACAUGAAUCUUGCAUUUUACAAAUAAGCCUGAGCGUGGGCAGUAUUUCGGAGAUGGACUUCGUGCAGGCAACUGCGACGGCGUUGCCUACCAAAUCGGAAGUGCUGCAAAUAGGCGUCUAAUAUUUCCAUUUUACAGUAAGAUAAGCUGAAGUACUAAGGGGUCCUCUCUUAUUGUUCAGAAAAUGUACCGAUCAGAUUUUCUUCACCCAUUGGUUUUGUGGGGUUGUAAUGUGAGCUAAACGUAGCAUCACUUCUUUGCUGGUUAUUCUCCUGGUCAUCGAACAAGUUCUGGACAAGUGUUUUUUUAAUGCCUUGACGGCUAUCAAGUAGGUGGUGAUUAACUAGGCCUGUACUGUGCAGUCAUCAGAAGUGUUCUUGUUUUUUGAACUAAAACUGUCCUUCCCAUAAAAGCCAAAGGAUGAGGACAAGCCUUGUGUCCUUGUAAGCUUUAAGAUCAGUUGCCCUCCAUGUUGCAUGUCCCACAAUCCUUUGUGGACUGCCGUCUUUGAUGCUAAGUCAUCACAGUGACUGAUUCUGGCAUGCUGCACGUACAUGUAUGGCUUCAGAUUUUGCUUAAGGUUACACAUUGUACCUCAGCUGGGUGCAGUUAUUGAAGGUAAAUGUCAGUUUGGGAACAUGGCCCAAGUCUGUGACCUCAGGUAGUGGACCGAGGAUGGAUGUAUCAAAAUUUGCAACCUCAUUGCAGUAAGUUAACGAGUGGCUGCAUUAACAAACAGCUAUUCAAAGAGUCACAAAUGCACGUUGUAUGGAUACACGCCGAUUGAAGGUACACAGUGAUUGCUUGGCCUUAUGAAUCCUUUGGAUCAUUGACAAGAUUAGGGCAGUGUUUUGUUGCUCAAAGGAACUUGUUUGGUUAGUGAAUGCUUAGUUUAGCUAUUGCCUGAAAUUUAUUUACGACAAAUUGAUUGGAAUUUAUUUGUACCUUCAAUUUUGAAUCCUGUUUUGAGUGUACGCAUACUAGUGCUAGGACCUGGUCUCGCCAGUUUGAUGUGUUUUAUAUGUAAUAUAUUCAAGAAUAAAAGUCAGUUUAUGACUUAAAUGUGACACCACA